UGAAUUAGAAUUAGAAUUAGAAUUAGAAUUAGAAUUGGAUGAAUGGGGAAGCUACUGAGGGGUAGGGAUGAUGAGUAUGGAGGUGUGAUCGUCCACCUCCACAUGGAUGAUGAGGCUAUGGACUCUGCCACUUUCAUUUCAUCUCUUACCUCUUCAGUUGCGGUUUGGAAGCUCCAGGGGAAGAAGGGUGUUUGGCUCAGAUUGCCUAUACAACGAGCCAACCUUGUUGAAGCUGCAGUCCAGCAAGGAUUCUGGUACCACCAUGCGGAGCCUCAUUAUUUGAUGCUCGUCUAUUGGCUUCCCAAGUCUGCUCAUACUCUUCCUGAAAAUGCCACACACCGACUCGGAAUUGGUGCUUUUCUAAUCAAUCAAAACAGAGAGGUGUUAGUAGUCCAAGAAAAGGGAGGACAGUAUGGUGGGACAGGCGUGUGGAAGCUCCCUACUGGAGCUGUCGAUGAGGGGGAAGAUAUCUAUGCAGCAGCUGUGAGAGAAGUUAAAGAAGAAACAGGAAUUGACUCAGAGUUUAUAGAAAUUCUAGCAUUCAGACAGAUCCACAAGUCGUUCUUUCAGAAAUCGGAUUUGUUUUUUCUGUGCAUGUUGCGACCCCUCUCCUUUGACAUCCAGAAGCAGGAACAAGAGAUAGAAGCAGCCAAGUGGAUGCCAUUUGAGGAAUAUGCAGCUCAACCAUAUGCCCAGAAAUAUGAGUUUCUGAUGUACCUCCAUGACAUAUGCAAAGCAAAGAUUGAUGGGAACUAUACUGGAUUUUCUCCAAUACCUACAACUAGUUAUUCUGUUCAGAAGAGCUACUUGUACUUGAAUGGUACCGAAGCACCCAAGAGAUAUAGUAAACUCUGAUUAUAUCAUAUGUACCACUUCAAAGGAUUCUUAUAUUGUAAAUAACAAAUUCAUGUAAUUUGUGUAUUUCAACCUUCUUCAA